UAGAAAGAUCGGAGAGACCAUGGACCCGCGCACUCUAGCACAAGCUUUCGAGAAGCACGCACGUCGCCCACCAUCCAGUGGUACAUCCACUCCUGAUCAUAUCACUCCGUUUCCCAUUCGUCUCAUACACGAAAUGGCUCCACGAAGAGUCCGUUCUGUCUCGUCGCUCAUCAAGAAGCCUCAGAACGAUGACUUUUAUCGUUUUUGGGACCGCUUCCUCGCAACCUCUCCAGAUCGCUCUCUGAACACGUCUGCACUGGGCCGUCGUCUCGAGCAGACACUCAAAGAUGCUAGUGGCGAGGAGAAUGGUCUGCAUACCCAGGAAAGUCCUGCCGCAUCUUAUGAACAGGCAAAGAAAGAGUGUCAGGACAAGGUCGCUGCUAUCGUAGUCGAAUGCACACGUCUCAACCAGCGAUACCGAGACAGGCAAUUUGAGGUCGAGCUUGCUCAGGGCGACUGUAUCUUCCCCUUGGUGGAUGAUGAGGGCAAUUCUCACUCAAUACAGCCAUCUGGUGUCAAACGAGUAAAGGACAUUUUCGAGAAGCCCACUUUCAACGUAGAAGGGGCUUGUGGCGACGAUGUCAUGCAAGGUUCACUCGGCAACUGCUGGUUCAUCGCAGCUCUUGUCUCUGUCGCCGCAAAACCAGGACUCAUGCAAAGACUCUGCGUAGCUCGGGAUGAGACUGUUGGCGUGUAUGGCUUUGUCUUUUUCCGCGACGGGACCUGGAUACCAGAGAUCGUCGACGAUCGCCUCUUCAUACACGUCUCUGAUGGCGAUGACUUGUUCGUUGGCAAGUAUGUAGAUGAGAGACAGACAAGGAGUACUUUCAACAACAGCAACGACAUCACCAAGCUAAGAGAAAGCCUGCAGAAGGGUGGUGAGGCGCUGUACUUUGCGCGCUGUCGCGAUAGCCAGGAUACCUGGUUGCCGCUAAUAGAAAAGGCGUAUGCAAAGGCUCAUGGCGACUAUGGUUCGUUGCAUGGUGGCUGGGUUGGCGAAGGUACAGAAGACUUGACUGGCGGUGUAUCAACGAGUCUUGCGCCAUCAGAUAUCCUGGACAAGUCAUUGCUAUGGAAGCAAUUGAUGCAGGUCAAUGAUACGUACCUCUUUUCCGGAGGUGCCUUCCAUUACAGGGAGGCUGGCAGCUUUGGCAAACACGCUUACGCGGUGUUGCAAGCUGUCGAACACAAGGAAUUGCGACUGCUGAAGAUCAGAAAUCCUUGGGGCAACAACAAGAACCCGGACAACUUUGAUGGACCAUUCAACCACAAAUUCGAAGAGUGGAAUGCUGAGCUUGUUGAGCAGCUCAAGUUUGACUUCAAAGAUCCUGGUGUGUUUUGGGUGACUCUAGAUAACUUCCUCCGGUACUUUGACUCUAUACAGUGCACUCGACUUUUUGACGAGACAUGGCUGUUGACCCAACAAUGGACUUCUGUCAGCUCACCUAUCUCGACACCAGCUUCCAGAUCACUCUUAUCUAAUUCAGGUCCCGUCGUUAUAGUUCUGGCUCAACCAGAUGUCAGCUACUUCCAAGGCUUGCAGGGUCGAUACACAUACUCCCUGCACUUCCGUGUCUACAAUGUCAAGGAUGCCACAAAGUAUCUGGCACGCAGCAUGCAUGUUUCCUGUGGCAAUUAUACCAACACCCGUUCCACCAGCGUAGAUCUCGACCUCGAAACCGGUAGCUACAACGUCCUCGUCAAGAUCGAACCAACACGGACCCUCUGCCGCACAGCGGAGCAAGUCAUCGAAUCAGAGGCGCCCUACCGAAAGCAAAAGCUACUCCAAAUUGGCCGCAACUUCGAACUCGCACACGCAAAAGGCAAGCUCCGAGAAAAGGAGGUGGAAGUGCGGAAACAGAAAAAAGAACAGGCGAGAACAGAAACCCGUGAACGGCAAGCCAAGAUGAGGAAGCGAAGACACGAAGCGAAGGCCCGAGACAGAAAGCGCAAAGAUAGAAUCGCACAAGAGAAGAGGGCCAGAGAAAGAAGCGAUCUCCUCAGACGGGCAGGCUAUAUGCCCGUUCCUCCCCCUACCUCCUUCCUCUCCUCUACAUGGAUCAGCCCACUACCCUUGAAACUCACUGGGUGUAUAGACAUCUUCGACACAGAUCCCAAUGCUGAGCUUGACGAUGACGAUUUUGAUUGGGAUAGCGAGAUGGACGGUGAUGCUUGUUCGUCGUCGAGUGAGGAUGAGAAAGACUGGUACGCCGAGGACCCGUGGAAUGCGCUUCUCGUACUCGGGUUGAGAGUUUAUUCGCAACAAAGUGCUGUCACGAUCAAGAUUCGAGAAGAUGAUGAAUCGGACGAUGAUGAAGUGACGCCAUCUGCGAGUACCGCAGGGACCGACAAUCUAUCGGAGACCAAACCCCCAAAUCAGAUGAUCAAGAGCGAAAGUCUAAGGAGGCGCAUGCUCCGGCUCGGCCAAGUGAUUCAACCCCCUGCUAAUCCCGAUGAUACCGCAAACAAGCUCUCAACCUCUAAGGAAGCAAUACCUACGUCAGAUGAAGAGUGCAAAGGCCUAAGCAACACCAUUGGUGAAACUCCCGUCAAGAGUGACACUCCAGCGGCCUCAAACACAAAUGACACACCCGCCACAAGUCCCGAGCAAAAGAAC